UAUUGAAACGGUUAACAUCAUUCUAAAAAGAAUAAAUUUAAAGAGUUGUGUUUUUUGAACAAAUGGUGAAAGUGUUUUAAAAUGAAAUUUUUAUUAAUAAUUUUAAGUAUUUUUAUACAAUUAUCAGUGAUUUUAAGUGCUCAAACUAAGUUUCAUGGUUAUGUUUAUCCUAGACCCUUGAAAAAUGCUCUAGAGCCACAAAAUCAAACGGAUAAUGGUCUGCCUCCUGGAGUGCAAGGAGAUUUUAUAGAUGAUUUAAUAACCGAGCACAAACAACAAAUUUUAUCCUCCAUCUUAAGUGAAACAUUGGAUACAGCUGCUGCACCAGCAGCCGGAGAAAGUAAAUACUUUCUGGGCAAUAAAUGUGCUACCUGCACCUGUGGUGUACCCAAUGUUAAUCGUAUUGUGGGUGGAACACGUGUACGCACUAAUAAAUAUCCCUGGAUUGCUCAAAUGCUAAGGGGUUCAUUUCAAUUCUGUGGUGCCACUCUCAUAAAUGAUCGUUAUGCUCUCACUGCUGCUCAUUGUGUCUAUGGCAUGGAUAUGAAGGGUAUUACGAUAAAACUUUUGCAAUUGAAUAAGAAUUCGGCCUCUCAAGGUAUUGUUCGUAAAGUGGCCUUUGCCAAUAUGCACGGGCUCUACAAUCCUACUACCCUACAAAACGAUAUAGCUUUGCUAAGACUCGAUCAGCCUGUACCACUACUAGAUCCCAUCAGACCUGUCUGUUUACCCAAUAAUGCUAAUCAAAAUUUUGAUUUUAAAAAGGCCAUUGUUGCAGGCUGGGGUUUGACCUCAGAUGGUGGUGAUCAAUCCACCUAUCUGCAAGAAGUAGUGGUUCCUGUUCUCACCAAUACCCAAUGUAGGGCAACUUCUUAUAAGUCCAUGAUUUUGGAGACCAUGUUGUGUGCCGGCUAUCUGGAGGGUGGCAAAGAUGCUUGUCAGGGCGACAGUGGUGGUCCUUUGAUUGUUCGUGAUGGCAUUUUCCGUUUAGCAGGUGUUGUCUCCUUUGGCUAUGGCUGUGCCAAUCCCAAUGCUCCGGGUGUCUAUACUAGGGUUAGUAAAUAUUUGGACUGGAUUGCCGCCAAUACCCGGGAUGCUUGCUAUUGUGUACGAUAAUUGCUAUAGCCAACAAAACCCUAUAAUUUAUUUAAUUUCCUUUGUAAUUUAAAAUUAUUUAUUACUUGUGUAAAAUAAAGUAAAUAAAACAAAGUUUUAGAAAGUUUGUUUAGCAAA